AUGGGCCGUUCGCCGAAGCCGCGUCGGAAACGAAAGCCGCGCAAAGCAAAAGCAAACUCAGCAACGAUCUCGUCGCACUCGAGACUGGCUACGGCGGCUACGGAGGUCACGGCGGAGGUCACGGAGGCCACGGCGGUUACGGAGGUCACGGCAGUCACCACGGCGGUCACGGAUACGGGCACGACGACCACGGCUACGGCCACGGCAGCCACGGGCACGGCAACAAGCACUACGGUGAUCACGACAGCGGUCACUACGGUGGCCACGGUCAUCACGGGCACCGCGGCUACGGUGGCUGGGGUGACAGCCAUCACGGCGGCCACUCGAACCACGGCGCCUACGGGGGUCACGGUAACAGGCACGGUCAUUGGAAGCACCACGGCCAACACUGGAAGGACCGCGGCUACGGCCACGAGCGCAAAUGGGGCUGGGACAGAGGAGGUGGAAGCCACGGAGGAUACGGGGGACACGGCGAGCAUCAUGGCCACUGGGGUAACCACGGCAACAGGGCCCACUACGGCGGGACACAAGCACGGCCACCACGGGCACAACUCGUACGGAGACCACGGACAUUACGGGGGACACAAGCGGGGACACUACGGCGGCUCCAGCCACGGGUACGGUCAUCACGGACACGGCCACGGCCACAAGGGCUACGGCCACGGACACUACGGCGGACACAAGGGACACUACGGACACCACGGAGGAGGCUACGGACACGGCUAGGUUCGGCACGU